AUGACCAACAUGCAAUUUAGUUUAGACGCAUCUUUCCAUUCCUACUAGUUUUGUGAUAUCGAAAUUAAUGACAGGACUCAAGACUUUCCACAUUUUGAACCCAUUCACAUAGUCUCUCAACAAAAUAAAUUUAACAACUUAAAAAAAGAAAUAAAGCUUUCUCCCUUAAUCAACUAUGAUAAUAAUAACACUUCAUAAAUGUAUUAUUAAAUAAAAGUUUAAAAAAUGAGAGUUAAAAAGGCAAUAUAAUCCAGGAGUUCUAAAUACCGCAGAAUACCUGAUUUGGAUUAAAAUUCCUAUUUAAGAAUCAUAUAACCUUCAUCAAAGACUAUGAAAAUUACUCAAAGACUAUCUUCAUAACCACAGAGAUUGCCCACAAAAUCCUUUUGUGAUUUCACAAAUCCCAAAGACUAUCAACAAAAAGUACAAGCAAAAAUUAAAACUCGAUUACCUAGUAUCGAAAAACAUCAAGUUGAAACCCCAUCUAAAAGCUCUUUGAAUUGUUGGACAAGAUAGACCUCUUCCAGUUUAUUUCAAGAAAACUGA